AUUGAAGAAUGAAUGGAUGAAUCAUCAAAAUUUCCUCCAAAUAAUCCGGAAAUUUGCAGAACUCCAAAGCUUCAAAAAUUUUUGAGCCCAACAUAAAAAGCAGACUUUUGGUGGAAAAACCCUCCCAUCUUUCGCCACAUCAAUGGCGUAAAAUUACUCAUAUUCUACCACACGUCGAUUACCUCUCCAUAAUUAGCCCUCGGAUACCCUUAUUAAUUAUUGAUCGCCACAUUUUUAGCUAAAGCGCUUCUAUAUAUACAUAUAGACAUUGUGUAUGUACAGGAUGACGGUCUGAAUGUAGUAUAUUGGUUGUGUAUAUGCCUACAGUGACGCUCUGCCUUCACCUGCUUUGGAAAAAGAAAGGGUGACCUGCACCGUCCGAGGGUGGAGAACAUUUCGCCGUUAUAAAUGUUUUUUAUGAAAAAAAGUGGCGGGAUUGUUUAAAAGCUGAAGAAGCAAGAGUGCCCCGCAAGCUCAAUUCGAUUUCUGAUUCACAAAUUUUGAGUUAUUUUAUUUCUGACGAAGAGAAUUCGAGAUAUACUUUCUUUUUGUUUGUUUGUGGGUCUGGUUGAAAAAUGUUAUACAAUUGCGAAGAGAACACUCGCGGAUUCGAGCGGGAGACCACGAAUUUCAUGGAUGUAGAUGAUGAUGACGAAGACGAGGGCACGGCUCUGGUGGAAUUUUCGCCCUCUUCAACCCCUGAAUUCUCGCCUAUUUCAAGAUGGAACAUCCCAGAUUUUUGGAACCCUAAUAUUGGAGCAGGUCUCAGGAAUAUGGGAAAUACGUGCUAUAUGAAUUCUGUGUUGCAGUGCAUUACUUACACGGUGCCGCUCGUUGAGGCACUUCGCAACUGUGAUCAUAAAAUUCCAUGUACAAUUGGGGGUUUCUGCGCCCUUUGUGCUCUUCGGGACAUUGUAGAAUUAUCACUGUCAUCACAAGGGGAAGUUGUAGAGCCCACAGUUUUGUUUGAAAAUCUGGGCAACAUGUCAUCCUCUUUUCAGAAAUGGCAGCAAGAAGAUGCUCAUGAUUACUUGCAUUCACUUCUUGAGGAUUUGGAUAACUGUGCCUUGGGGACAGGACAUUUUAAUCCAUGCUCCUUUUUUCAAGGAAGUAGUUUCGUAAAGAAAAUCUUUGGUGGUUGUCUCAGAAGUCAGGUGAAGUGCACACAUUGUUGCCACUGCUCGAAUGCAUUUGAACCAUUUAUUGAUUUGAGCUUGGAGAUAGAUGAAGCUGACUCCUUGACAAGUGCACUCCAGUCGUUUACCCGUGUAGAAUCAAUUGUUCCCGACUUCAAGUAUCGUUGUGACAAUUGCCAUCAAAAUGCACCAAUUUUAAAACAGUUUACAAUUAGCCAACCAUCUGAUGUCCUUGUAAUUCAGUUGAAGCGUUUUGCCAACAAUGGGCUGUUUGGGUGUUUUGGUGAUAAAGUACAGAAAAUGGUUGCAUAUCCUCAAGUCUUAGACAUGGAGCCCUUUUUCAGUAAUCCUCAACAAGAAAAAGUUGAAAUGAAAUAUGAGCUUUAUGCAGUACUUGUACAUGCUGGAUUUUCUCUAAAUUCCGGUCAUUAUUACUGCUUUGUACGCUCUGGCUAUGAUGAGUGGUAUGAGAUGGAUGAUUCACAGGUGAUAAGGGCAACCGAGGGAACUGUUAUGCGUCAGCAAGCAUACAUUCUCUUUUAUUUCCGAAAAGGUAGCCAUUGGUUUUCGGAUAGUUUGAAUUCUAAAGUGAAGGAUGAAUCAGAUUUCUUUGGUUCUCCCAAGUCUGUUCUAGAAGAGACGAUUACAAGUGAAGAAUCAUCUCGUGAGUUGAGUGAGGCUGAUGGUAGCGGUACUGAUUGUUCAGAUGGAAUAUAUUCAAGUGUGAAUCCUGAAAUGUUAUCCAAUGGAACUACAAUAAAUGGUGAUACUCGACUGAAUAAUUCUCAUUGCAGUUUGAAUGUUGACAUGAGGAAUUCUGCUGUACCUGUCUCAUCAUAUAUGUCUAAUGUCGAGUCCACCAGUCUCAAAGACACUUCUGAAGCUUGCACGGCACACACAUUUCUGGGAAAACCUGAACCUUUGAGAUAUUGUUCAGAAGAGAAAGAAACAAAUAGUGGACAGGAUUCUGGGGAGACUAAGUUUUCAUGUUUGUCAGUGGAUACAAAGAGUACAAGGACUUCGGAUAUCCAAGUUAGUGGUAAAAAGAGGCUCUCACCAGCGACGAGCUACCUGAGUAGAAAGAAAAACAAGAGAUGGAUGGGGCUUGGAAAUGGCAAAUUUUGUUAUGGUGCUGUAUCUUCUCUUGGACGCAGAGGACGGGCUAAGAGUAUCAGUCCAUCAUGUAAAGCCAGAAAGUCAAUCAUAGCCAAUUUUCAAAAAAAUGCACCGGAGAAAACUACUUUCUUAGAUAGUGAUCCUGUCAUCUCUGAGCAGAAAGAUCAGAGUACCAGUAUUUGAUAAACUUGGAGAAGGUACUUUGUAGUUAUUAUGUUUUGAUCAGGAAUGAGCGUUGCCUCACUGAGGGAAUAUGCUUCUCUAGAUCUGUAUUUGUUCUUAUCUGAAUAGGAGGUCAAUUAGUUGCCAUGAGGUGGCUCUACAACUUUGGUUUCCGAUGCAACUUAAAUCUCGAGAGAAGUCAGGGUUUAGAACACAGGGACAAAGUUUGGCAUUGCCCAACAUGGACGACUGGUAGGGAUUGCCAGACAGAAAAAAAACAAACAAACUAAUUAUACCCUUACCAAACUCAAUCACUCAACUUAAUACUAAGAUGAUUUAACAAAGAAGCCAAAACAAGAAGCCACAGUCAAAGUAGAGUAUGUAAAAGCAAUUUUGCUAGUUGUGGGUAAAUGCCAGCGAAAUUUUCAGCAUGUGUGAGAGGGUGCUGCUAUUUAUCGGAGAAUAUUUGUAGACCUAGGGUUUCUUGUUUUGGGUUUUGUUGUAACUGUGUAUCCUAUUUUUAGUGUGGAACUCUUACUUUAUAUGCAAUUUCAAGCCAGAAGGCUUUGAUUCU